AUGAGCUAUGGCGCAACGAGUCCCGCAAAGACAGAGCUGAACCAGGCAGAAGUACCGGCUAUCCCGCCCUACAAACGAUGGCUCUUCGCCAGGCAAGCCAAGCGAUCGCCGCCCAGAUGCCUCGAAUUUCGAGCCUCUGUGCCCUUUGUCGGCUUCGCUGUCUUCUUUGGCCUCCUCACCGAUCUCGCGAUAUACGGCCUCGUCGUUCCCAUCGUGCCCUUCCGCUUGCGUGACCUGGGCUACGAAGACGUGGCGAGUCUGACGGGCUGGCUUGUCGCUGCUUAUGCAGGAGGCAUGAUCAUCUCCAGCCCGCCCGUCGCAUACGUAGGCGAGCUCACGCCGUCUCGCCAGUGGCCUCUGAUAUGCAGCCUCGGCUUCAUGGCGUGUUCGCUCGUGCUCUUCAUGCUCGCACGUAGCUACUGGCUCCUCGUCCUCGCCCGAGUGCUGCAAGGCUGUUCGGGCAGCGGGCUCUGGAUCUUAUCGCUCCCUCUCAUCAUCGAUACAUGCCCGGAAGCCAAACUCGGCACCACGCUAGGCUAUGUCAUGCUGGGACUCACCGUCGGUAGCGUCAUCGGGCCCGUGCUGGGCGGCGUACUCUACACCAAUCUGGGUUACUAUGCCCCCUUCAUCUUUGCCAUCAUCUUGGUUCUCAUCGACUUGACGCUACGAUGCGCACUCAUCGAGAAACGAGACGCCAAUCGCUGGAGACUCUAUAUUGAUGCUCACCGCGGCGAGCUAGAGGUUGGGGGCACUCCUACCCAUGACAAUUCGGCAGAGGGACUCGAAAAGGGCGAUGCCACCCUACCCACUAUCGUCUCUGUCUCACCCGGCAAGGCUGCCCUCGGACUCCUCACCUCGAAGCGUGCCAUGACCUUGGUCGCCGUCACGGUCUGGCUCGGCAUCCUGACCGGCGGUCUCUUUGAUGCUGCCCAGACACUCUUGCUCAAUCACAGAUACGGUCUCAACUCUCAGGGUGCAGGCCUAGUGUUUAUCGCCGUCAUUGCGCCCGGUCUCGUCACCGGGCCCUUAUCGGGCGUUCUGACAGACAGGUAUGGGCCUCGAUGGCCGCUCAUUCUCGGCUACCUCGGCGCAGUCCCCUGGAUUGCCGUCCUCGCUGUACACACGAUCUCACUCGCAACUUUCAUCAUCAUGCUCGUCCUUGCGGGCGCCGGCUUGGGCUUGGGCGUCUCACCUCUGUCCCUCGACUUUGGCCUGUGUGUUCUUGAUAUUCCAGGCGCAGGCUAUGCACAUGUAUAUGGCUUGUUCAACAUCGCUUUUGCUCUGGGCACGCUUAUCGGUCCCAUUCUAGCUGGCCAGCUGCUUCAGCAUCUGCAGAUCGAGCUCGGCUUCGACGCGAUGGUCAUCAUAACCUGCGGACUGUUUUGUCUGCUGUUGCCGUGUGCGUAUCUAUACAUCGGCACCGGCAACACCAAGUCAAGCAACGCACGAUGA